GUGACACUGGGCGUGAUAUCUCCGUUCUUGCGAAACUACCUCUCUCCUCAGUCCUCAUACAGGCUAGGUAGAUCUACUAGGUUCUACUAGGUAGAUCUACGCUACAGACUGCUACAAGCUUGCGAUGUGAUGAAAUAAAUAAUUCGCCACAUCUUUCUUUGAAUUGAUUUGUAGUUCCUCAACUUUCUAUCGUGACAGUUUGACUCGAGGUUUCUCGAAUGGAGCUUGCAUUUUCCUGACGGCUUCCAAAUUAUUCAGGGUGACGAGUUGUUAUUGUCAGCCAGAAUGAUCGUUUCUUGUAUCUGUACUGGUGCAUAAUAAUUAUAUACUUUAUAGUAACUGUCCAUGCAUUCUUGUGAGCUUAUUCCAUGGAAGAUAUCUGCUCCAUGACCAUGAUGACCGGUUUAUCGCGGAUUGUCCGUCCUAACCGGCGGACCUUACGCCUGGCUUCAUGCGUUGUAUCAAUUAUUUGGCUUGCGACGCUCUGUCGCGCAGCUCGCUCGCAAUCCAACGCCACAGCGCCCUCCCUAGUCGUCGACCGCACUCUGUACAGUUAUGAGCUUGGAAUCGAAACACUGUCCAGGAUGGUGCAGAAUCAGUACGAGUCAUUCUGCACUACAGGCGUCUCCGGGCCUUCUGCGUGCGUUCCGCUGUCGUGUGAGACCCAGCUGAAUUUUGCCACUUGCACCAAUGACACCCUCUAUGGCAAUCUUUUUGGGCUUGGCUGCAAGAAUUGUACUGGAAGGCAAAUAGACGACAUCCGUUCUUCAGUACAGACUAAUAAUCUACUGGCUAAGCCUGGCGAGCAAGAGUUGGAUAUUUCCUGGACGGACGGUGUGCGUUUCAGAAGAGUUACUGAGGAUCUGCUGCACGUUCAAUGGCAACAUUUGACAGUGGAAGACACUGGCCUGACACGAACGUUUCCCGGAUUUCUACAGAACUUUUCGGUGUGCAGUACUGAUGCCCGGCUCUACCCACGUUAUGCAGCUGCCCUGUCCUCCCUCAAGGAUAUUGUUAUCAUCAUAGACAACAAUAUGCUAAGAAUGUUUAGUACCCUAACGAUUGCUGCUGUGAAUAAUGUCCUUGGAACGCUCACUGAUUUUGACGAGGUUGCAUUGGUGACUUUCGAUCACUCUGCGCGUAUUGUUCUGACUGGAGUGGAAGGUUUGCAGGUGGCAACGCAGCGGAACAUUGGCGUGCUGAAGAUCCAGCUUGAGGAGACCGCCCAACGUGCAAGAGAAACUAGUAAAACUAGCAUUGUGGACUACAAAAAUGCAUUCAGGGAAGGCUUCAGAAUCCUUUAUGGAAACAAGCGGAUCCUUACGCGCAGCAGCUGUCGCAGGAGUGUAGUCGUGUUCAUUUCUGAAGGAAGCCAUAACUUCGCAUCUCUGGACAACCUCAUCCAGGAGUUCAACACUUCCAUUGGUGACUCAUUCACAUCCAUUCUUAGCUACUCCACUGCCAAGGACAACACUUUAGAGUCUCUUUCUAACUUGUAUGGAGGUAUCCACACAGAAGUAAUGGAUGUGUCCACCCUGCCAAAUGUUGUCAGCCAAUACUACAAGUACUUAUGGGCACUGGCCUCUAUGCGCCAACCAUCUACGUUCUGGUCAGGUUUACAAACCGAUGCACCAACGAAGAGCCAGUACUUCACUCUGUCGAGACCAGUGUUCUGGCAGGGCACUGCGGCGAAUAACGACAGUAAUGUGGAGCAGACCAUCCAAACACUGGUGGGAGUUGUAGCGUUCGACGUACAGGCCACUGCUAUCUUGGACGAAUUCCCAGGAUCGAAAGACUCCGCAAUGGAUACUCUUGAGACCAAGCUCCUUGCUCGGUCUGGCUUGUGCAACUCGUCGAUGGCAGAUGCAUGCAGUGUUUGGCGAGCCCUGUCACCAUCUCUACGUGGCGACACUCAGAGCAGCACGUUCAGCACUACCGGCAUACAUCGCCAAUGUGAUCUGCAGCACGUGGAUGAUGUUGUGGUGGAGUGCAAUAUGAUCAUAUCUCGCACAAGGUACUCUCAGUCUCUGAGGAACUGCACCAAGCGUUCCGAUAACAGAGUGGUGCCUUGCUGUGACCUUCGGAAUUCCAAUUGCACGACUGACGACGGGGAUGAUAGCUCUGGAGUUUCUGUGGCCACUAUCAUUUCCAUUUCUGUCUGGAUGGUCAUCAUUUGCGCCUAUCCUUUCAUGGCUGCUCUCAACAAGUUUGUUCAUAGCGAGUGGAACUGUUGUCGUAGGAAUCGCAGAAGCAGAACCAGAAAUGUACGCGUAACAAGAAAUGGCAAUGUGAAUAGGUCCAGACCGUCCACUCAACCUACAAAUGAAGUGGAGGUUGAACUGGAAGAUUACGCCAGCCGGGAACUUACCAACGCACCACCGCCCAGCUACAAUAUUGCCCUGGAAACUACAUUACCCACUUCAUCACCAACUAAUAGUAUUCCGUCCCCGGAACCUGGUUCAUUCACGCGUACCAACAACACUAGCCUAUCUGUUGGCUUUGACGACGCCACUGAGCCGCCGCCUGGCUUUGAUGAAGUAGCGGCAAUGCCUCCGCCGUCGUAUGAUGAACUGGGAACGUAGCCGUGCGUAUGCGACGAGUGCAAGACGCCAGGCUGUGUUCAGGUGUUCCAAUCGUUAUGUAUUUAGUUCACCCGUGUUCUGUUGAGCUGCAUCUGCGCCUUAGAUCAUUGCAGGGUGGUGUUCCUACAGAGGCUGAAAACUCAGUCUAACUCAGCCUCAGCCAACCGUGAAUUUUCUGUUGAUUUUAGACUUAAAACUGCCAGUUGAGAGUAGGAUAUGGCAGAGCAUAGUAGUUAGUUUGACUCAGACUGGGUAGGCCACUGCAGGAAGUGGCUUGCUCCACAUUAUAGCCGCGGGUGAUGUUGAGUCCACGCUAGUGCCGAUGUCAAUUUGUAGUGCUGACGUUAGUGCUGAUGAUAGUGGCGAUAGAUGGUAGUGGCUUCUGCAGGGUACAGAGGAACUACCAGGACUCAGCACUUUCCACCUCGAAAAGCAGGACUUUCUUGAGUAUGUUGAUUUUGAUUCUGUGUUGCCAACACUAAAGUCAUCUUUUAUGACCUUGUGUUGUGUUUUUCCUUGUGUCUACCGGUAUGCAGUUCAUGUUGGGCAAUAAAAAAUUUCCAAAUUGCUAUUGAUAAGUAAGAGAUUUUAACUGUAGUCCAUCAUGAUCUGCAAGUGUCUGUAUUCAUCACUGUACAUAUGCCCUAUCAGUAUUCCGAAUCAUCACUGUACACGUAUCAUUUACACUGUCAUUUACACUGUUGAUUGUCUUCUUGUGGAGUCAUUACCUUCAACUAAUAUUCUCGUCAUAGAGUUUACGUUCA